AUGUCAGUGCCUUCGUCUGCCGGAGACCAUUCCUCUUCGAUCUUGCCGUCGAACGAGAAUAUGUCCGAAGAUAUAGGACAUCAAGACCCUGGCGAUGCAAGUGGUCUCAACGCCGACCUUCUCACGGGGCAAAAUACAUUUUCACAACUUAUGACGCCUUCAGCAUCUCCCAAUGAUUAUUUUGAUUCGGUCAACGGAGGUCUUGAUUUGAGCCGCUUGACUAUCAAUUCCUAUGAGAACGAGGUGCCAGCCCAGCACUACGAUCCUGAUCGGGAUGAGGUCGAGUCACAAGAUGGAGCGGGUUCGAAUGAUGAUAUGAACGAACCCGAUGAAAAUGUCGUUGAUGGAGAAGCAUAUUUAGGCAAUCAGAACGUCCAAUAUGGCUUUGAGCAAGAUGAAGAAAGUCAUGCACCAGAAGACGUAUCGAUGAUGGAUGAUUCCGAAGACCAGAACUCUGACGAAGAGUCUUCGAUAGAUCUUGACCAUAUCGGCUGCAAUGAUGAGUGCCAACAGAAUCUUCAACGAAGGUAUGAACAAUUUAAUCAGCGAAUCCAAGAGCUUCAAAAUCAAGUGCGGAGUUUAAACAAUGCUUGCAACCAGAAGGAUGCAAGAAUCCAGGCUCUGCAAGCCGAAAUACAGAGGAAGGCUCUGGGCCAAAGCAAGACCAUUAGAAGGUGGCCAACCGAACUUCGCCGUCACUUGGAGAAUCAUCCACAGGCACUAACAUACAACAAAAUAUACGCGCUAUGCUGCAAAGAGGAGAAUAUGAGUUGCAAGACCCUUGUCGUCCAUCCCAAUCUUCGGCUUCGAAGACCAACCAGCGCAGAGACUGAGGCCGCCAUCUCACAUGCUUUUCUUGCUAGUGAUUCAGAGAGCGAAGCUGACGAAGCAGAGGGCCAUCAGAACGGUGAGAGACCCGUGGAUCACUCUCCCAAGCCAGACGAGAUCUUUGUUCGAGAGCAAGAACCCAACCAGCAUAGGCAAAAGUCAGUGGGAUAUCAGCUUAGCGGGGACUCGCAUCAACCUUCCAACCAUUUUGCAUUCCAACAGCUUCCAGUCAAUAUCCGAGUCAACAUUCUUAAGUUUACACUCGUCCAGGAGGACAAAUUGAUUCACUGCAUUUCCCGCCUCGACCCAUUUAUAUGCCCAGAAAGCCCUAUCGAACCUGAUGCCAGGAAAAGCGGAUUACUGCAUCGAUUCCAUCUCUCAGGAGCGUCCUGCAAUGUAUCUUGCGCCAUUAAACCAAACGAGCAUCUUCGCGUUCUUUUGGUGUGCAAGGAAUGGUGCUUCUUAGGUGUACAUGUGUUUUAUGGCCUCAAUACCUUUGCCUUCUCAAGCCUUGGAGAGUUUUCUAGUUUUUGCACCGGUAUUGGACAGGCUCGCAGAGAGAGAAUUCAACACAUUGAGAUGUUGUGGGUUGGUAACCAGCAUCUUACCUUUCCGCGCAUCUAUAAAGGGAAUUCUACUCAGCCAAAGUAUACAUCCCGAAGAACUUGGGCCUGUUCGCUGCUUUGUGAAAUGCCCCAGCUCAAAAGUCUUACAAUUCAUAUUAAUGAGACUGGCGCUGGGUAUAUUCGGCGCAGACAUGAACCCUCGCAAGUCAUAGACUACAUGGCGUCGAACACAGCUGGCCAACCUAACUUCCGACUCACAAGAUCACUUCGGACUAUCCAGGGACUGGAUUACAUUACACAACUUCGUGGGAUGAACUUUGUCCGUCUGUUUGACUUCGAAAUGCAUUUGGAGUUAGGUGGUCGUCAUGUGAUACGGGAUUGGACCUUUACCCGGGAUGUGCAGGAAGUGACUAGCCAUCCCAAGUCUGUUGAGAAAGCUGAAGCCGCCAAGUUAGAAAACCUAAAGCCUGUUUUGCGGCAAUUUGAAGCACAUGCUGGCCACUUGGAGGCGAUCAAGAGAUAUUACGAAACAAGCAGGGCCUUUGACACAGCACAUUUUUCUCGGCCAGGAACAUUAAGUCAGUAUGAAGAAACUCAGUCACCAAUCGCAGAAGAGAAUGUCGACGACGACAUUCAAAUGAAUGCCGUUCAAGACCUCGAUUUCGAGCGUGGCGCCGCAGCCAAAGAUGAAGACAAAGAGACGGCUAAGCUUCCCCUUAAUAUUCAGAAAGAGGCUGAUGGCUCAAAAACGCAUGAUCAAUUUGAUUCGGAUUUCAGCGCAGAAGGUGGUGAGGCAAAUCCCAGAGUAGAAACUCCUGACGAUCAAUCAAUUACUACGGGGACAGACUUGGGCACGUUGGGACCUGACAAGCUGCCUGAGGAUGAAGUGUCAUUGGCAGGAUCAAUUGCCAGCAAUCCCAUCGACAUCGAGCAGUACACGCCCAAGUUUCAGGAGGGUUGGAAUCAUAUCAAGCGAGAGGAUUCAGUUACGAGUAGCAACGAACUAUUUGUUCGUCAGAAUACUUACGAUACUUGCUUUCAGUCAAAUCAACGAAAUGAGAUGGGCAGACGCGAUAAUCUUUCACCAACGCCACUAUAUGACCUAGAAAGCUUCAUGGGAUUUGAUCAAGAAUCAAGCGCUCUCCACAAAUCGCCAGUACAGAGCCUUCAGCAUGCUCAGAGAGGUCAAUGUGAUUUGCGCGAGGGUAUGGGUAAGCGAAGAUGUCAAGAUGACCAAACGCCUCAGUCACUUGAAUCAAAUGUCGGCUCGGAGCGUAACAGCGACCAAAUGCCUUUGUCUACAGACCAUUCAUACACUGGAUAUUCUCAAACCAGUUCUUCUCGUGCUUUACCUACUGAUUCAACUCGCUUCAUUUCCUCCGAUCCUCUCACAUUUUUCCUUCGUUCCGGGGACAACCCAGAUAAUGAUCCCAACCCUUUUAAGAAACAGAGAAAACAGUAA